AGCACACGUCUUUCCGGGGGACGCGCGCGCCGGUGCGGGUGCGUGCGUGAGCGUGCGCGUCCCCGCCGCUGCCGGUGCAACUCCCGCGCCCUCUGCCUCCGCCGCCGCCACUACCGCUGCCGCCCGGGUACCCAGGCGGAAGAGCGCGUCGGCCGGCUGCCCAGCAGCGCCGCGGAGCCCACAGCCCGGAGUCGGCGGGCGGGCGGGGACAGAAAUGAAGUGCAAUAUCUCAUUCUUCAAAGAAGGAAGAGUGCAGUGAGACCAUAUUUGAGAGUGACCUAACAUGGCAGACCAGAGGCAGCGCUCACUCUCUACCUCCGGAGAGUCACUCUACCAUGUUCUUGGGCUGGACAAGAAUGCCACCUCAGAUGACAUUAAAAAGUCCUAUCGGAAGCUUGCCCUGAAGUACCACCCUGAUAAGAACCCUGACAACCCGGAGGCCGCAGAUAAGUUCAAGGAGAUCAACAAUGCACAUGCCAUCCUGACGGACGCCACGAAAAGGAACAUCUACGACAAGUACGGCUCGCUGGGGCUCUACGUGGCGGAGCAGUUCGGGGAGGAGAACGUCAACACCUACUUCGUGCUCUCCAGCUGGUGGGCCAAGGCCCUCUUCGUUUUCUGCGGCCUCCUCACCUGCUGCUACUGCUGCUGCUGUCUGUGCUGCUGCUUCAACUGCUGCUGUGGCAAGUGCAAGCCCAAGGCCCCCGAGGGGGAGGAGACGGCCUUCUACGUGUCCCCAGAGGACCUGGAGGCACAGCUGCAGUCUGAUGAGAGGGAGGCCACAGACACGCCAAUCGUCAUACAGCCCGCGUCCGCCACAGAGACCACCCAGCUCACGGCCGACUCCCACCCUAGCUACCACACUGACGGGUUCAACUAAGUUCAGGAGGAGCUGUGAUUCGAGGAGGGAUCAGCACCCGGCCACCGCAACCUUAGAUCCAUGAACUAGUCACCAGAUGGGGAGGCGCCGCGUCGGGGCCUCCCCUCCUCCACGCCCGCUGCCCGUCGACCCUCGAUACCCGAAGUGCGUAGCAUGCAGUAUUUAAAGCAGUGUAGCUACGGUCUUCUGCUCUCCUUUUCUAGUAGCAUGUAUGGUCGUGUUCAGUGUCUGUGUUGUGGACCUGCUGUGGCUCGGCCGCGCUCGCUGGACAGUGGAGCUGCCUCGGGGUGUUUAGCCAGGUCGGUCCAGUGAGGGUGGACUGGGCAGGAAGGGCCUCUGUGCUCCUGUGCUCAUGGGGCUGGGGUCAGAUUCUGCCCGGCAAAGCCACAUCUCCACCUUGGCCAAGGGGUCCCAGGGCAGGGCCUGGCUCAUCUGGCCCAUCAGGGACAAGCUGGGCCAGGUCCUCUGGAACCACAGGGCCAUGGUUGUCCCUGGGUGUUACAUUGGCAUGGCGUGCAAGGGCCUCUGCACCCUGUCGUCCUCUCGUGGCAGGUCUCUCCAGGUGGUAGGUGUGAUGUGGACAGUGUGUGCACACGUGUGCACUCUGCACGGUUGUCUGCCCCGGGCCUCUUUGCUUCAGGGUCUGAGGUUCCUGUCCAUCGAGGGGUGCCCCUCCCGGUGCGUGGAAGUCCUCCGUCUUUGUUCCUGAACCUUCCCAGGCUGAGCUGGACUGAUGGGGCCGUAGUCUCUCUCCCCUUCCCUGGGUUGUUCUCCACACUCCUUAAGCCCACCUGGUUUUUUGUUUGUUUGUUUUGUUUUGUUUUUAAGCCCUUUUUGGACUUUUAAGAAUCACAAGUGGUUGCAGUCAGAGGGUGUGAAUCCAAGUGGGUGGAUGAAGGACGCCAGUGAGCCCCCAGCCUCUGGACCCUGUUCCUCGUGCUGGCCAGAGCUCCAUCCACCCACUUGCCUUCACUUGCGCCUGUCGCCCGUGCUCCAGUCGGCACGAGAACAUAGGGUUUCUGGAGCAAGAUGGCUGGAGCCAAGAUGCCCCUCUCCUCAGGAGGGCUGGGUCCCAGCGAGACUGUGGGGCACCCUGCUUGCCAGCCAGCCUGGGAGGCCAGUGCUGGACGAGACUGUGAACCGGAGAUCUGUGGGUGGCGCCUUGGUGGGUGAGCUGGGGAAAUGUGAGCACCACAUGUCAAGGCUUUGGGRCCACCUGGUGCCCCCUACAAUUUCCUGAACGUGCCGGACCAGAGUCCAGUGGGCCGAGUUCCUGCAGGACUUUCCCGAAGCCUGCUGCCAAGCAUCUUCUGAAUUUCUAGUAGAGAUGAAGAAUGAGAAAACUCCUACGCUGACCACGUGGCCCUGACAAACCACCUUCACCCCCAUCCCCACUCCCUCCCACCGUGGGCUCCUGUUUGCCAGGGACUGCCAAGGGCAGGGCUUUGGGAUUUUGGUGUUGGUUGAGGGUACCCAGCAAGGUCCAGUGAGGCUGCUGUGAUGCCAGGGCCCCCAGCUGAUCCUAUUGCAGGUGGACGUGGGCAAGGAACUGCCCAGGAACCAGUCCCUGGGGCGUGUUUGUCCGUGUUGCUCAUUGAACGAUCAUGAAGGUACUGAGCAAGAGGGCCCCACACUAGGGUGCUGUGUGAGGGCCGUCCCCCUGUGGGGGGUGGGAACCACCAGUGGGCCCACCGACUACUCAGCAGGCAGCCCCAGGGCUAGUCCCAGCACAGCAGCAAGAGCUCAGCCCCCAAAGCUUUCUUGCGAUAAUUCGAGAGUGAGUUGCUUUCUCAGAACCCAGGGCCAUAGUCUGGUGACCUGCCGAGCAUCUUCUGAAUUUCUAGUAGAGAUGAAGAAUGAGAAAACUCCURUGCUGUGGGACAGCCCUCCUGGCAUGCAGCCCUGUGGUUUUUGUCUUGUGUCCCUGUGAGCUGUGGCCACUUCUUAGGAGAAAGGAUCUCCCUGGGUGGCAGCUGGGGUGGGAAUAGCCACUUAGCCCAGUGUCCUGUGGGGGGUCUCUAAAACUGAGUGAAUCAUGUAGGAUUUGUGACACCACAAACAGGACACAGACUCUGGAGUGAGGGCCGUGGCUCUGCCGCCAUGGCCAAGCAUAUCCCUCACCUGCUCGAGGCAGACAGUGCCUCAUCGUGCACUGCGAUGGUCUGUGGCUGCCCUGGUUCCRUUUCCUUUUUAAUAAGCACAGCUGGUGAGUCUUGGGGGUCAGCCUGACCCCCAUGUCCCCAGCUCCUGGGCUACACUUCUGGGCUGUGGACAGUGUGUGAUGUAUUGCCUGGGGAGUGCUGUGGUCAGUGUGCUUGGAAACCCAUCCAGAGCAGUGGUGCCCCGCAGGGUCCUGGCCACCUAUGGUAGCUCUGGGGUGUGUAGAUCCCUGUUCCUGCCCAGGGCUGUGGUCUUUCCUUGUCUUCCUUUGGCUUCAUUCUAUUUUCAGCUGCUUUAGAUAUUGUUGCCCCGUGUCAAUGAGCCUUCCUAGUUCUCUGGUGUUCAGUUAAUGCAGCCAGUGUCCAGUGGGAACCCGUCAGGAAGAGAAGCCAGAGUUCCCGCGGUCUCUGUGCUACUUGCUGGACUGGGCUGCAGCUCCAGUCUGGAAAGGUCCUGAAUCAUGAAGCAGUCAAGACUCGUCUCAGCGGUCCUAACCCAUCGGUCCUAACCCAGGUUUUAGCAGCACAGGGGAGCUGAUGGCCCCGCGGGCUGUCCCUCAAGGGUCCAGGUUAUGUGGGCAGAGGCAAGGUGGGUCCUGCCCAUCCUUGACUUCAGUGCAUCUGUGUGGUGACUAGCUGGUGAGAAGCAUGGCAGGCGCUGGUGCCACCCCUUUCCCAGUGCUGAGCUGGUGCCCUGUAGCCCAGGACUGGCCUGUUUGUUAUUUGGGUUCUGAAUGCCCUGCUGUGGACAGGUGCAGCUUGUGUUGCCAGGUGCUGUGGUGCAGGCUGUGUGUCUGUGUACAUGUGUGUAUGUAUGGACCACGCAGCAGGCCCCGCGUGCUGCUGUCCAGGGGUGAAGCAACAAGUACAAUAAAGUUGGCUCCAAAGUGGCCUCUGUUUUCUUGGUGAGUUGGGUAGGGACAGGGUCUCGGCACGGUCCUCCUGGCGGAUACACCCAAGGGAACAGCCUGCUAUGUGCAGGAUGCGUGUGCCUGAACACAAGGUCAAGACCGCAUCAGCGGGGUUGGGCACAAGGGUGACUGUCCUAAGCACACGUCAUGUUCACCUGGCCCACAGGUGUGGGAAGUGUGGGAGGUGGCUGGAAACUCUCCCCUCCCUGGGCGCCUGAGUCCGUCAGUGACAAGGUUGCAUCUAAAGAGCAGCCUGGGCACCUGCCUGCAGGAGGACUGGGCCAAGGGCCCCCCAGGUGGUGCCUGUGGCGGACUGGUUGGCCUGGGAAGCUGGGUGAGGGAGGGGGAAUACACACGGACACGCACACCACAGGUGCUGCUUCUGAGAAUCAGAUGCGAGUGUGGAGAGCAGCAGUCCACGAGCUGGUCCCACCCAGCUGCCAGGAUGGCCUGCUGACCUGGCUCCACGCACAUCUCCAGGGCUGGAGAGCGAGUGGUCUCCUUGGUGAUCUCUGUCUUGUGUGUGUCUGAAUGUUGACCUAAAGUAAAGAUAACUUGUAAAAUAAAUGUUUUCA